AUGGCUGCCUGUGGAAGCCUACAACACAUCUUUGAAAACCCAUUACCAGAAAGUCCAACCCUUCUUGAAACGCUCUCAUCAUGGAACCAGAUUAUGCCUCUGAAGCCGACCGAACAGUCGUCGUUUACUGAGAUCUUCGGAGAGCUUCAUUUCAAAGAGAGUUUUGUUCCUCAUUCUUUCUCGUCUCUGUCGUCUUUGACAGAAUCAUUGAACUCUCCAUCCACCGAUGACCUGUGGAAAGAACCAUCAUUCUCAAAUGGUGAACGUGAAUCUUCAAGCUUCCAUAGGAAAAGCAAUAGCUUCUCGUCGACCAAUUCGGAAAGCCUACAACUCUGCACAGAAGGGCUUGGAUAUGAAAGCUUAGAUGAUGUUGAGGAUUUGAAAGAGGGGAUGGAUGAAAAGGUAUGGCAGAGGGAAGAUGAAGAGGAAAAUACCUUAAAAAAACAGAUUCAGCAUCCAAGUUUGAAGCCUGGAAUGAUUAACAGGACAAAAUCAGCAAAUAGGGAAGAUUUUCCUCCACCAAUUUCUUGUAUGGGAAAGAAUGGGAAGCCUUGGGUUGGUUUCAAAUCUUAUAGGUAUGGUGGAAGGUUUAUAUUGAAGGAAGUAAGAGUUCCCACCCAUGAAUUUUUACAUGCUUCUAGAGAAAAUGGACGUCUGAAACUGCAUAUUCUUGUACCACAUGAGCAGACCAGAGAGGCCAAGGAAGAAGACGACAACAACAACGAGAAAAACUGUGAAAAUACUAUUGGGAAAUGUAAGGAGGCUGAAACUAGCCCAUGA